AGGCUCGUCUGGGACAUACGUAGAUCAAGCUUAUCAACACCAGUCUUGCAUAACACUCACCUUCACAACCAUGGGUCGCCGUCCAGCUCGCUGUUACCGUUACUGCAAGAACAAACCCUACCCAAAGAGCAGGUACAAUCGCGGUGUUCCCGACCCCAAGAUUCGAAUCUUCGAUCUUGGCCGCAAGCGGGCCUCCGUUGACGAAUUUCCCUUCUGCUGCCAUCUUGUGUCCGACGAGUAUGAGCAGCUCAGCUCCGAGGCUCUUGAAGCUGCUCGCAUCUGCGCCAACAAGUACGUGACGAAGACUUCCGGCAAGGAUUCCUUCCAUCUUCGCGUCCGCGUCCACCCUUUCCACGUUAUCCGGAUCAAUAAAAUGUUGUCCUGUGCUGGUGCCGAUCGUCUGCAACAAGGGAUGCGUGGUGCUUGGGGCAAGCCCUACGGUAGUGUCGCCCGUGUCAACAUUGGACAAGUCCUGCUUUCUAUCCGAUGCAAAGAAGCGAAUGCACCGAUCGUCAUGGAAGCUCUUCGCCGUGCUCGUUACAAGUUCCCCGGGCGCCAAAAGAUCAUCGUGUCGAAGAAGUGGGGUUUCACCAACGUGAACAAGGCCGACUACAUCAAAUUGAAGGAGGAAAAGAAGGUGUUGCAGGACGGUGCAUAUGUGCAGUUUAUCAGACCGAAGGGCAACCUGGAGACUAACCUUCGAAACCAACUGCGUGCUUGAAUCUGUCCAUGUAAUACAGCCUAUCUAUUCCUGCGAUCUGUGCAUGGUCUGUGGUCAUCGAAUUUCUGAGCUGGGGGGUAUUUUUACUCUUUAUCCGGCCGCUCUUUCACAUGACUCCAAUGAACGGCGCCGCGAGGAGAAGGAACGAGGGCGAAGGUGGUUUGUGUGUUAUUUCAAGAACAUGCAUUCUCUUCUCCGUGUUACUAUUAGAUUUCUAUCCGCUAUCCCAUAGCGGAAAUACCAUGCGCCCAAGCUCCGGAGAUGGGUCCAAGUAACACGAUACUCAUAAGUUGCUGAAUCACGCACGCUAAGGAGCUUUUGCGCCAAUGAGAGCCCUCUGUCUCGAUCUCAUUCGCAAGUUGAAACCACUUGUAGUAUGUACUACGCUUUGCCCUCUUUCAGGCAUGCAGCUUCCGGAAUGAAGCCUCAAGACUUGCGUCAGGUCUUAGCAUAGUCUCUAGGGAGAAGAGACACCAAACGUCGCGCAGGCAGCAGAGCGCAAGCACUGUGACUUGGGGCUUCUGUGGAUUACAGUCGUCCUCGCGUGUAGACUACUGCGUCGUAGCACCAUUGCGUUACAGCCGACGGGGUCGAACGGCUCCAGGCUCGAGCGACCAGCUUCUUGACUGCCAUUUUUUAUGUAAAGAAUCAGAAAAUUCAUGCUUCGGCCGAUCGGCCGCAUCGGACACAUGGGGUAG